AUGAGAGGUAGCAACAGGAGACUCCUCGAUGAGUCGCAGGAGUCUCCGGCUCGGCCGGCGUCCAACGGUACGCAGGCGGGUACCGAUGAGCCGCGGGUCUCCCCCGACCGCGAGCCCGUCCAGUUUGACUCAUCGUCCAUGGCGGUGACCGUGCUUGUCCUCCUCACGGCCCUCUUCUUCCUGGGGUUCUUCUCCGUCUACGCGCGCCGCUUCUUCGCUUCCAACUACCACGACGCCGGCGAACCCCACCAGCGCCCCCGGCGAGCGCAGCUGCCGCCGUACCGCGGAUGGCCCGCUCUGUCCUCGUCCUCCUCCGCUGCCGGCCUGGACCCUUUGGCCGUCCGAGCGCUGCCGCUCCUCUCCUACUCUGGCAGCGGCAAGGAGCAGGACGGGUGUGUGGUCUGCCUGAGCGCGUUCGAGGAGAAGGAGACCGUCAGGGCCAUCCCCAGCUGCGGUCACGUCUUCCACCCAUGUUGCAUCGACUCCUGGCUCAUCUGCCACGGCUCCUGCCCUCUGUGUCGCUCCACAGAGCUCUUCGGCAUGAGCUCCCAGUGGGAGGUGCGCGUGGGCGUCGGAGACGUCGGUGACGACGAUGGGGCGGGCAGUGGAAACGGCGCCGAUGCGGAGCUAGAGCGGGCGAGAGAGACGGAUGCCCAUGUCCGAAUCCCGGCGGAGGGAGGUGGGUCUGGGCAAGAACGACGAGAAAUGAGGAAUGAGCUCGCCAGACUUGGAAGAAGCGACAGCUGGCGUCUCCCCCCUGAUCGAGGCCCUUCCAUCAUAAGCAGAAGCCAUAGCUUCUGA